AAGACCCGGAUCAGAUGCAAGCGUUUGAGUUUGUUUUUAUCCAAACUAAACUGUCAAAAUGAAUUCAGCGUUAAAUAUUUCGCUUAAAAGCUUUUCCAGGCGGUUACUGCGACAUGACAACUAUUACUUCGUAUGCAGACAUGCCCUUAGACGUAGCUUCAGUGACAUUCAGUCCAUCUCAGUAGUUUAUAGUGAAUAUGGAGACCCAAAUAAGGUCUUAAAGGGUGAGCAGAAAGUAAUAAAUGGGCCUCUGAAAUCAGGUGAGGUUUUAGUAAAGAUGAUGAUGGCCCCAGUGAAUCCAUCUGACAUUAACAUGAUUGAAGGUUCAUAUUUCCUAAAGCCACCACUCCCUGCAAUUGUUGGAAAUGAGGGUGUUGCAGAAGUGAUGGAAGUCGGGGCGGAUGUUCAGGCAUUAAAGGCAGGGGACUGGGUUAUACCGAAUCAGGCAGGAUUUGGAACUUGGCGAACACAUGCAGUAGCAAAGUCAAUGGAUUUAAAAAGAAUAUGUAAUGAUAUCCCACCUUUAAGUGCCGCAACUAUUGCUGUAAAUCCAUGCACUGCUUACAGGAUGCUUACUGAUUUUGUGAGUCUCAAACCUGGAGAUGUUGUCAUGCAAAAUUCUGCUAACAGUGCAGUAGGACAGAGUGUUCUUCAGAUAGCCAAAGCAUGGGAUGUUAGAACGGUAAACAUUGUAAGAGAUCGAGAAAAUCUUGAUGAAUUAGUUGAGCAAUUGAAGUCAAUGGGUGCUGAUCAUGUUGUCACUGAAGAGUUUACAAGGAAACCUGCCAUGAAAGAUCUGAUAAAAUCACUUGGAAAACCACCAAAAUUAGCAUUUAAUAGUGUUGGAGGUAAAAGUGCAACAGAGUUAUUAAGGCAUUUAGGACAGAAAGGUAUCAUGGUCACAUAUGGCGGAAUGUCAAGACAACCUGUUAUAGUGCCUACAGGUGUGUUCAUAUUCAAAGAGGUAUCUUGCAUCGGAUAUUGGAACUCUCAGUGGAAUUAUGAGAAUGCCGAAAGUCUAGAACGAGACAAAAUGUUUGACGAGCUCUGCCAGAUGAUAAGAGAGUGUAGACUUCUCCCCCCUCCAAGUGAGAUUUAUAACCUCGACAACUACGCCCAAGCUGUUGAAAGUGCCAUGUCAGGAUUUCAAGGCAAAAAGAAAGUUCUUACUAUGGAAUGCUUCUAGCGGCUUUGCAAUCCAAUUAUUAUAAACAUCACACCAUCAUGACUUUAACACUGGAUUUGAUCAACUUCUGUGAAAGACUAUUAAUGUAUAAUGCUGAAAAUAAUUUACAUUGUAGUUUAUGUAUGUUUUUAGAAGAUUUAAAACUUUUGUUAGUAUUUUUGAUAUACAUAGCUUUGAUAAUUUGAAUCAGUAAACAUAAGAAAAUAUAUUGUAUGAUGAAAGUUUAACGAUGUAAAGUGCAAUGCAGUUAUGGUAUGUGAAAUAACAAAUGGUUUACUUACAUACAUAGUUACUCAUUAAACAAUUAGAUUUAACUGUGAGAAUGGUACAAAGGGUCCGCCUUGCACCCAAAAUGUCAUGUCCCACCAGGGUGAGAGUGGUCUAGUGGUAUAAGUGUCUGCCUCUCGCCCAAAAGGUUCUUGGUCUAAACCCACCAGGGGUACUUUCCCCAUGGCAUCUUCCUAAGGACUCAUUUCUGGUUUCUACCUGAGAGUGAUUCAUAUUAACUUUCAGCUUUCUUCACAAAUGAGCAAAAAUAGAUAAGUUAGCUUGAUACAUGACAAUUACCUUAGGCCAAAAAAAAACAUAGGUCUGUUUCCGGUCGCCCGACCGACCCUCUUAUUUCGGCGCCGACCCUAUACUUUUUAUUGGUGUAAAAGUUAACUGCGCGCAUAUUUAGUACUUUUCGGUACUUUCUUUCCGUUAAUUUUCUUAUCUUUGGUCUCAUUUCGAAUUCGGUAAUUUGAUAAGCAGCAGGGUUCGACACUAACGGUAGUCCGGUAGUCCGAGACUACCAGUUUUGUGCUCGGACUACAAGAAAUUUUAAGUCAAUAGUCCGUCGGACUACUAGAAAAAGUAAAUAUGACAUCGGGUAAUUGAGCAUAAAAUAUUUAUUACGUUUAAACUUGCGUAAAACGUGUUGUUAAAAUUUUAAAAAAGCCGAGUAUCACCGGUAAAUACUCAUUCUAAAGUUUGCCGAAGAUGGCCGAGCAGUUCCGGACAACCUGGACCGUUAAGCGAGUUUCGCGCACAAUUCAUAUAGCCUUUCGAUCAAUAUUUAAACCAGUCUGUAGAAUUUAUUUAUUUAGAGAGGGAAAAACCAUUUUGCACUGUAUGGUGUGUUUUAAUCGUCAGACACUUGAAAGUCUGCCAGUGUCAGCGAGGUAGAUUUGGGUUUAAAAUAAGGUAGAAUUUCUAGAUCCCUUGCAUUUUCAGUCAGAAACAAUGAUAGAUACGAUGUUAGCAAAAACUUGAUGGUUGUUAUUACUUUUAGAUUUUCUGAAAAUACGUUAUGGUUAUUUAUUUAUCGUUUAGAGUAUUGUCAAAUGUCGGUGUUUUGAUAAAGCAGACAGAAGGAACAUUAUGUGUGGCUUGUGAAAUAUUUUAACUGGCUUUUAGAAGAGCAGCUUAAAAAAUAAUCAUACUGCUCAAAAAUGUCUAAUUCAGUGUAAGUGCAGACGACGGCAGAAAUUGUGUGCGGCAGAAAUUGUGUGCGUUAAUUUUCGCGCCAAAAUGUUGUAACAUUUUAUACAUUGAAGUUAGGGCCAAUAACAAUUCUUAUCUAACUCCCAAUUAAUUAAUAACAUUUUGGGAAUUAAUUUCAUUAUAUUUUUAAAGCAUUAUUGUAUGUCGUUUUAAUAGAUUAACAAAUACUACUGAAUAGUAGGAUGCCAAUAUCAAUUAUCAAAUAGUGCUGACCAGUAGGAUGUCUGUCAUUUGUGCCGUAACUUAGCAACGAUAUCGGUCGAGGUGUCAAUUGAUUUAUUGCACCAUUUUCCUGAAAGUGACAGAUUAUGGGGUAUUUUAGCAUGGUUUUUAGAUUUUUAUUCUGGGGUAAUUUAGCAUGGUUUUUAGACUUUUUAAGUUUUUAAAAUUGAAGGCCAAACAUUGUUUUGAAGAAUGUGGAAAUUUUAAGAUUGAGACAGAUAAGAAACAUGAUCAAUCAAAGUGUUAUUCUGACAAUGCUUUUAAGGAAAAGUCUAACAAAACACUGAAGGAAUCCGUUGCAGGCUUGCAUUUUUUUUGGACUAUCAGAAUUUUUGCUGGACUACCUGGAUUUUAGAUCCAGUAGUCCGAGGGACUACCUUGUGAAAAAUGUUAGUGUCUAACCCUGAGCAGUCUAUUAAAAUGGCGGCACCCAUGUCGAGUUCGUCAACUAUUUGUUCAACAUAUGUUUCUGGUCUCUUUUUUACUUAAAUUUGCAAAAUGUUGUUAAAUAUAUUAAAUUCCAUUGAUUUGUUAUGAAUUUCAUGUUUUGAAUUAUAAAUAUAAAAACACCAUUUUCACUUUGUAGUCUUCUGUGAGAACUUGAAGUGAUAUAGUAUUACUAUAUUCUGUCAUAUCACAGCAGGUCAUACCAUUCCAUGAACAUUUUUUGAGAAAAAUGUUGAUUUUUCUCAGCAUAGAGUGAAGUAGCCAGCUUGUGGAUGUGUAAUUAGAACUGGCAUGUGUUCACAAAACAUUUAUGGAUCUCAAUUGAGUUUGAGUAUGAAAUUUUGAUAUCAGUGUUACCAAACCUCAGGUUUAAACUCCAAAUAAGUCAGAUAACCAGUACCUAAUUAUCACUUUCAAAUAGUUAGUGUCUUAAAUUUAGUACUAAACAUAUUUUUGAGAUUUAAAUAAGAAAUUAAGUUUCAUACUCUUAAUUCAGUUGAGAAUGGAAACGCUUUGUGAACACGGGUCAGGUGUACUUCAGAGAUCAUUGAAGUGACAAAAACAGCUUCUGACAAUGUUUGGAAUUUUAAUAUUCUAUCAAAUAUAAGAAUAGCAUUAUAGCACAAAUGUGAAAUUGGUAAAUAUGAAAAAUUGACAAAUCUGAGGCACUCUUUUUCGACAUCUGUCAUACAGACAAACAUGUUCAACAAUACAUGCAUUUAUAUUCUAGAAAAUGUAUAUCUAUACAUUAUAAUUAAUACACAUUAUACAGUUCUUAAUAAAUGAAUGGACUUGUAUUUACAUUUUAUGCUUUAGUACCUUUUAAAAUUGUCUCAUACGCAGUUAAUAUGGUUGUUUUUGAAUAAAAGUCAGCCGCCUUCUAUUCUAGAUCAC